AUGUCUCCUCUCAAGCCAUCCUGGAAACAGCCCUCCCACCCCGAAAUCCAACAAGUCAUCGUCAGCGACGCCGACUUCAUGACAAAGAGCGUAUCGAAAGUCUCCCUGCCACCUUUUGGCCUGUUUGCCAAGCUCGAGUUCCCUCCUUGCGAAGUGGCCGCCGAGGCGACUUAUGCUACCGUCCAGAUGGGCAAGGACAAGCAUUUGACGCUCAACAGCGACUUGCUCUACAUUAAUCACUCUUGUGAACCUUCUCUUCAUUUCGAUAUGGGAAACAUGAGGAUUGUGGCGGGGCCCAAGGGUCUUCAGCCUGGAGAUGAACUCACAUUCUUCUAUCCAUCUACGGAAUGGAGCAUGGCCCAGCCGUUCAAUUGCUUCUGCGGCAAGCCUACUUGCAAAAAGAGCAUCACCGGCGCCAAGGAUAUGCCUUCUCACCUGCUUGAGGGCCUGUGGCUCAAUGAUCACAUACUCGAGCUUCUGGAGGAGCAGGCGUCGCUUCGUAAGGCUGGUCAACAACAGGGCUCGUUGCCUGAUAAUGGUGGACUUGGUCUGCUUCGUCGCGGGAUUACGUCUCGAGAACUGAGUGGAGAGAUGAGCGGAGAUACUGUGGCCACGGCUUGA